CUUCCUCCCCCACUCUCUCUCUCUCUCGCUCUAUAGGAUUUUCCUUUUCAAUCUCCUUUAAUCUAUGAUCAGCAGAACAAAUCAUGAUAGGAGCGAAUCAAAAGAAGAAGAAGAAAGCUUCCAUCAGCGAAGAAGACAUUUCCUUGAUUUUGCAGAGGUACACUGCAACAACAAUACUUGCUCUACUUCAGGAAGUUGCUCAGUUCACUGGUGUGAAAAUUGAUUGGAAUGCACUGGUGAGCAAGACGUCUACUGGCAUUUCGAAUGCACGGGAAUAUCAGAUGCUAUGGCGGCAUCUGGCGUACCAUGAUACAUUGCUAGAGAAAUUGGAAGAUGGUGCUGAACCUGUGGAUGAUGACAGUGAUUUGGAAUUCGAAUUGGAGCCUUUCCCCGCUGUUAAUGCUGAAGCUUCAACAGAAGCAGCAGCAUGUGUAAAGGUUCUAAUUGCUUCUGGUAUGCCAAACGACUCUGGCCCGCCAAAUCGUGCCACUGUAGAGGCACCUUUGACUAUAAACAUACCCAACGGCCAGGCAUCACGUGCUCCGUCAGACAAUCCUCAGCAGGCCCGCUCUACACAAGGGACAAACAUAACGGUUCCUGUUUCGGUCCAGAAACAACCGUUACCUUCGGUGCCAUCUUUGGAACAGUUGGAUGGAAAUGGGCCAGGGAGUGGGAACCUUCCUCCUCGAAGGAAGAGGAAGUUAUGGACUGAGGAAGAGGAUAUGGAACUUAUUGCAGCAGUGCAGAAAUGUGGUGAAGGGAAUUGGGCUAACAUCUUGAAAGGAGAUUUCAAGCAUGACCGUACUGCUUCACAGCUAUCUCAGAGAUGGGCCAUCAUUAGAAAGAAAAAACCCAACCUGAAACCAAGCAAUGCGAGCAAAUCGGUGGGUCCAACACUUUCCGAGGCACAGCUAGCAGCACGUCAGGCUGUUUCCAUGGCUCUGAACAUGCCUAUGAUGGGAAGCUUAUCAUCUGCAUCUGCAGUUGGAAUUGGUGCCUCACAAUCAAGCACUCCAUCAAAUGCUUCUACUGUUCCUGCUGCUACAGCCGAAGCUUCGACAGCUCCUGUUCCACCCUCAGAAGCCAGCACAGCAUCUCCAGUCAGCAGCUCCAUGCCUGCAGUACAUCAACCUCAACAAGCUUCCAACCCAGCUACGCUUCCCAGAGGAACAUCCAAUCCUGCACCUAAAUCGCGGCCGGCUGGCUCGAAAAAGCAGUCGUUCCCGAUAAAGCAUUCAACGGGUCCAAACCCUAUAGUGCAAGCAGCUGCGGUCGCUGCCGGGGCCCGCAUCGCGAAUCCUAUCACUGCCGCCACCCUGUUCAGAGCUGCACAGUCUAAAACUGCUGUCCAUAUCAGGCAUGGAGUUUCAGUCCCCGCAUCGUCGUUGCCAGGUGUUACCAACCCAUUGGCCAGUGGCCACAUGGGGCCCCGGCCAGCCAACAUUCAUUACAUUAGAACAGGACUUGCAUCACCCCCAGCCGUCUAUUCUACCAAGGCGCAAGGUGUCCCACGACCCGCUGGUCAGCAUAUUCAAGGCAGUUCUGGGAGAUUGGCAUUGACAGGGCCUCCUCCUCCAACAGGCCCCACUGCCCCAUCUAAUCGGCCAGCUCAGCAAGUGGGCAUGGAAUCUAAGCCAGCAUCUCAUAAGUUCAUUGGUCCACUUGUAAAAGCUGAAAUGAAGAUUCCCAGCAUCUCCACCGUCAGUGGUGGCCCACCAUCUGCAGAAGAUAAGAAACCGGAUCGCUCGUUGCUGGUGCUGAAAGAACCCAAACAAGAGCCGGUAGUAAUAACGUACUCAAAUGCUGGCGAGAAUCAUGCUACAGCAAACUGCGCCAAUGAAAAUCCAUUUGCUGUUUCAAUCCAGACAAGCGUGCUGAAUCCAACAGCAGCUGAGAAGCCGAUCAGCCCGCCAAACUCCGACAUGGGUGAGAAUCAAACUGCUGUUAACAACAGAGCUGGCAAAAAUCAAAUCGCGAUUGAAAAUACGGCAAGUUCUCCAAGCACGCAAGCAAGUGAGAAUCAAAUUGCAGUUGGCAAGGACAGGGAAACUCAAACUGCAGUAGAGAAGCAGACAGACUUGCCGAACGCCGAGGCAUGCAAGAAUCAUAUUCCGGCGAAUGAAAGUGUUGAAAAUCAAUCUGUGGGAGAGAACCAAGCCAGUUUGUCGAAUGCAGAUGCCAGUGGAAAUCCAACCAUCGUUGGUGAGGUUGUAGUGAAGAAGGAGACGGGGGAUUAAAACUCCUGAGUAGGCAAAAAAACCAAAAUCUUGGAUUUGUAUCAUGGUGCAAUGAGUUGUAGUCCUUUUUGGGGUUGUGGGGUCCGAUGGGCCUGUAAUGUACGGUUGAGAUUCGAUGGUUUUCGCGUGUUGGGUGUGGCGUUUGGCCGUGUAGAAAGGAGGUGGGGAUGAGGAUUGAAAUUUUAGAGUAGAUGGUAAAACAGUAGUGAUGUAAAAAAAGAGAGACUUUGUGCUGGU